CUGGUGGGUGCCACCCGCGGCGAGGAGCUGGAGGCAGGAGCGGGCCGAGCCCCCUGACAGGUGUCUUCGCCGUUAAGGGCCCUUCCGCCGUGGCCCGGGGACUUACAGACUUCCGAGUUCGUUAUCGCUGCUGCGAUCUUCAAAGACGAUGUUGGGGGAGCAAGCCCAGAAGUGGUUCCCAACUCACGUCCAAGUUACGGUCCUUCAAGCCAAAGGGCUGAAGCCAAAAGGUAAAAAUGGCAGCAAUGACGCCUACACCAUCAUCCAGCUGGGCAAGGAGAAGUACUCCACCUCGGUGGCCGAGAAGACCCUGGAUCCCGUCUGGAAAGAAGAGGCCUCCUUUGAGCUCCCUGGAUUACUCAUGCAGGAGAAUCCAGAAAAAUACAUCCUCUACCUGAUUGUCAUGCACAGGUCACUGGUGGGGCUGGACAAGUUUUUGGGACAGGUGGCGAUAAGUCUGAACGAUAUAUUUGAGGACAAGCAAAGAAGGAAAACAGAGUGGUUUCACCUAGAGUCCAGACAAGGGAAGAGAAAUAAAGACAGAGGAGAAAUAAAGGUCAAUAUUCAGUUUAUGAGGAAUAACAUGACAGCAAGUAUGUUUGAUUUGUCAAUGAAGGACAAAACUAAGUCCCCUUUUGCUAAACUAAAAGACAAAAUGAAGGGUCGAAAAAACGAUGGGACGUUUUCGGACACAUCCUCUGCAAUCAUCCCAAGUACUCACAUACCCGAUGCAAACGUAGAGGUAUGUAGUGGCGAAGUACAAAUGAAAUCAAAACCAAAAAAACCUUUCCUUUUGGGACCUCAGCGGCUAUCCUCAGCUCAUUCGAUGUCGGAUUUAACGGGAUCGCAUGUCUCAGAAAAAAUGAAAUCCAGCACGGUUGGCUACUCUCAUCUUUUCAGGCGUCAGCUAGAAUCGUUUGGUUCGGUUGAUGAAGGUGGGAGUCUAAAAUCUCCACACAGAAGGACAUUAAGUGUUGAUACUUCUAAAAUGAACCAGCUUGACAGCACAGCUGAUGAAACUGCACUUGAGGCACAAAAUGACCCAUUUACCAACGUGAGUGCUUCGUUACCCCAAAAAUUUGCUACACUGCCAAGACAGAAGAAUCCGUUCGAAGAGAGCCCAGCAACGUGGGAUCAAAACAUAAGUCUGUUUUCUAAACCUGUCGAAAUCAGAAAAGAAAUUAAAAAAGAGAAAAAAGAGAAAGUUAGUCUUUUUGAAAGAGUGACUGGAAAAAAAGAUAGCAAGAGGUCAGAUAAACUUAGCAAUGGGGGAUCAGACAGUUCUACUGACUUGAAAUCACCCAGCGCGUUUGGUGAAACUCAUCAGGAGAGUUUUGAUUAUGAUUCGACUAAUCCGUUUAUGACAAACUACAAGCCUACAAGCAUGUUGCCAUCUUCAAGUUUCAGUAUGAAUCCUCCUGGCAUUGAGGACCUCAGGAAGACAAUGGAUGGCAAUCCUUUCGACGCCACUGCAGGAUACCGUAAUCUCACUUAUGAAGAGGUUUUGCAGGAGCUGGUGAAGCAUAAAGAGCAACUUAAGAAGAAGGACACUCAUAUUCGUGAACUUGAGGAUUACAUUGAUAAUCUUCUUGUACGAGUGAUGGAAGAAACACCUAGUAUUCUCAGAGUGCCAUAUGAACCUUCUCGAAAAGCUGGCAAAUUUUCCAAAAGUUAAGACAGUGAUACUUGAUGGUACUUUCUGCUGAAUACGUUAGUGAAAAGAAACCACACUUGAACGUUUUGACUUCUCUUCAUUCCUUGUCUCCUAAGAAAUUCCAGGAACCAGGGGAGGACAGGACGAUGGUGUGGGUUUUUUUCGUUUGUUUUUUUUGUUUUUUUUUUUUUUUACUCUGAACACUAGCAGGGACUGCCAAAAGUCAUAUUCUGUUAGAUUACCUAAAUAACAUUUUUUCUUUCUUUUUGAAAACACCUUUAGGUACGGAAUACUUGCAGUACAGUAAAUAAUAUGCAUUAAGUAUGUCCAUGCAGUUUAUAUAAUAGCUUAGUGUUCACCAUGUGGCAGUUUCAGUUGGGAAGUCUGUGCUGUUAUGAAUGUUUUCUUGGAUGAUUAUUGGUAUUAUGCAAAUAUAUCGAUUCUGGUAUUACAGCAUGCCUUCGAGACCGCUGUUUUCAAGCCAGUGCAGUACGCUUUACUAAACCUUCGUGUGGUUUGUUGCAAUGGAAUGUAGUUUGUUCUACACAUAGUAGAGGAAAACAGUGAUGCACAAUCUUUGCAGAGUAAAUGCUGUAUUCUAUACGAUGUGCUUUUUCUAUAACAAUGUAAAAAAAUACCAUGCCAUUUCGGUAAUGGCACAUGCUGGAGUCAGUUAUUUUACACUUAAAUGCUGAAUUUUGUGUUUAAUGAUUGAACUUUGGUAGUGAGCUCAUGUCACAAGGUUGUUUUGAGGAUCUUUUUGUAUGAAGUUAUUGCAUGCCUUUUUAUAUGUUAAAGUACUUUGAACAGUGUUAAUAGAGUCAGAGAUAGGACUGGAGAAAAGUAUGGAAUAAAGAUAUGAAUACUUUGUUCAAAGUCUACUACAGUGCAAAUGUAGGAGAAAUGAACAGACUGACUUAAAUAGACAGGAUAAUUCAAAAAAUAUAGAACUGACUCAAUUUAAGGUUGAGUUUUACAUGAUAGAUAUCUGUCUUAGGUUUUUUUAAAUCUUAUGACAACAAAGUAUAUGCCUUUAGAAAUAGGCUAUGUUGCUUAAACACAUAUAGAGUACUUAGAAAGGCUUUUCAUUAAAAAAAAAAUCUGUAGUCCUUGUAAGUCAGUUUUCAUUGAGGCAAAUGAAAGAAGAAUGUAGUAAAUGUCUUCCUGAUCAUUUCAUACUUGUUUGUAAAAUGACAUAUGAAAAAGGUACCUAUUAUUCAAUAAAUUGGAAAAAUAUAGUGAAUAUAUAAUGGGAAAGUAUCGUAGGAGAAGAAUCCUCAGAAUAUUAACAUAAAUAGAUUUUAAUUUCCUUUAUACAAGUCUCAGUUGCUGUGAAACAGUAAGAUGAUAUUUAAAAAAAAAGUAUAGAGAAUAUUUUAGAUUUGGGUUUAAGAAAACUGACUGUCUUCUCCUCCUCCUCUUCUUUCUCUACACCUGAUCUGUUUUUUUUCUUACAGCACCACGUAAUGGCUGUUGCUGAGGAGGAAAAGAAGCUCGAAAUUAAACUCAAAUUUUUUGUUGUUGUUGUAAAAGAUCUAAAUAUAUUUUCAUUUUUAAAUCUGCAAAAAGUAGUAGUAUCUUGGGUAAUUAAUUAAUUGAUCUGGAAAAGUUGAAAAAGUUUUAUCUGAAUGCUUUUGGCAAUGUUAGUAUUGUGUGACAGUACAGAAUUGUUAGAAAAAAACAUUUCUCUGUACAGUUGUUCUCAGAUUUAGUUUACUACUUUUUUGCAUUUUUCUUCCUUCCUUUCCUUCCUUUCCUUCCUUUCCUUCCUUUCCUUCCUUUCCUUCCGUUCCUUCCUUUCCUUCCUUUCCUUCCGUUCCUUCCUUUCCUUCCUUUCCUUCCUUUCCUUUUUCUUUAGGAACUACCUCCCACCCCCCUAGCGCUAUGUCCCUAAAAUCUGUGCAGUUUGAGUGUUCCCAACCCAGCAUUGAGAUCCUUUAGUGUAGAUCGUUGUGCCUGGAUGGAUCCUGAGUGAUUCAAGCCCUGCCUAAUUGUAGUGUUCUGCAUUUAGACAUUUGUAGCCCAGAAAAGGGCCCACUUCAUCAGGUAGUCUCUCUUUUGACAACCUAAGGAUUUAUCGCGGUCGGUACCUCAUAAACCACAUGAAUGUUCCUUUGACCCACUUGAGAUCUAAAUGACUGUAAAUUUGUUAUAAUAUACUCAAAGUGCCAAAGGUUAUGUACUAAGUUAUGGUACAUUUACUGUUGGAAGUUAGGUUUUGCACUCAAUUAGAUUUUAAUUUCCUAAUUACACCAAGAUGUAUUUCAGUUACUCAGUAUUUCCAUAAAAGUUCUUAAACAUUUUCAAAUGUUUGGCCGAAGCAAGUGGUUUUCUCAUGUUGUUAAUGGGGAAGUGUUGUGCAAUUGUUUUGAAUUCCACAGUCAUUUUCAGACUAACUGGUAUGAGACCAUCUGUAAUAUCUGCAAUGAUUAAAUCAUACACACCAACGGGGUUUAACUAAAGUAAACUAACCCGAGAGUGUAUGCUCCAAUGACUUUUCACUUGCAAGCCAACUUAUAAUUAUUAAAAUGAAACUCUACUAUAUUUAGCACCUCUGAAAUCACUUCUUUUAGAAUGUAAAUGUAGAAUAUCAAACUGCAUAAUUGACGAAGAGCAGAUCAUUUGACAUAUUUGCAUACCAAGAACGAUAAGCAGAUUAAAGGUAGCGAAAAGAUCAAUUUUUGUGCAUUAGUGAAGAAAUUUCGUGAAGCUUUGAAUGUGCUAUCUAGUCUUUAUCUGAUCUGUAAGUGAAUAAAAGCACCUUUUGUUUCUAACAGUUUAUCAAGAAAGAGGGGAGAACGACAAAUGCAACUUAGGAAAAGGUAAAGUUACUGAGAGAGGCAGAAUGGGACACUUACAACUGUGAAAAUAUUUUUAUAGGGUUCCUAUAGCUAAAGAUAUAGUCAGCUUUUGGAGCAAUUCUGGAAGGAUUACAUACACAUCAUUUUCGGGUUAGAGUGAGAAUUGUAACAUAUUUCUGUAUUUUGAAAAGUUUUGAAAAGCAUCUUCACCCCGCAUGUAUUUUUUGAACCGCGCAGCUUUCAAGUGAAGACACUUCAUACGAAGUAAUUUAUAUGUUGAAAACAAAGAAAGUUCUGUUUCUCCCAACAGGAUAAAGUUGUAGACUUUCUUGCAGAUCAUUGUAAAACCACAAUAACUUGCCAAUUACGGUCACUCUUUCUUGCCCUUUAAAAUGUAUGGAUGAAAAUUUUGGACAUCUCCACAUUUUUUUGAUUUUUUUUUUUUUUCCCUCUCAAAAAUUCGCAUAAGGGCUCAUCCGUGCACACACUAUACUUUGAAAUUACCCUUUGAAACGUAUCCUCUGCCCAUAGCCAUGUACUUUACUUACUUUAAAGAACAAAUAUUAAGGCCAUACUUUAAUGUUGUAAGCAACCAAUUUAAACUUUCUGCCAUUCAAGGAGGAUGUUUAAUAUUUAUAUGUUACCUCUUGCUGCUCUAUUUUACGUUUAGCUUGGGUUUCCACCUGCUAAUGAAUGUAGCAUUCUCCCUGGGUUAUGCAUAACUGCAUUUAUUGCUGUUGUCUCUGUAUCAAGAAUUAUUUGUAAUUUUCCAGCUGUGAAAAUGUUGCCUUGCAUUUCGAAAGCUUUCCUGAUUUGGGGACCUAAUGAAAGUCAUGCUCAUUAGGUACCAGUCUGCGUUUCUUUCUGUACAGGAUGCCCGCCCUUAGAUGCAUCUUGACAACAAACAGAACUGCUGUCUUAAUGUGUUUACUGCUGCGCUGGAGGUUUAUUUCCACUUCCAGCUUUAAAGAAAAAUUAUUGUCCUACAUCAAGUAUGUAAAGUAAGCUCAUGCUUUUUUGCUCUUUGUGUAUCCAUUACUGUUGUAGCUACGAUAGAGGCGUUCGCUGUGGGCUUGAAAUGGUGAUAUUUAAAGCAUGUUGACUAACUUCCUCUGUUUGAAGUCCAUGGUGAAGGACUAUAGCGCUGCUGUGUUGAUGAUGCUAGAUUUAAGGGUCUGUCAGCACUUUCGCUAUGAAACCCUAUUUUCAGGGAUUUAUAACUUCUAAAUGUAGAUACAGUCACUGGAAGUAUUUAAUAUGCAAUAGGUAGCACUUUAAUCUGUUCAUGAAGGGUUUUGAGAUUUGUUUCUGUUGAAAACGUCAUGGUCUCCUAAAGCGUGGUGGGCAUUUGCUGUAUCUUUUAUAAUUUGUACGUUGAAGAAGCCACUGUAUGUUACAAAUGGUAGAGCCAUUCCUAUUCAUCUUAGAAGCUUCCAGAUGUCUCGUAUUACAAUGUGCUAUAAAAAGCUGAAGAUCCAGGUUAUAUAGGAAGUCUGUAAAAGAUACGAACAUUACCUAUAACUUAAGGGUUGAUUUCGUCUCGUGCAAUCAAUGGUAGUUUGUCUACAUUUAAUAAUGGUACAGAAUCACAACUAUAUGCACAUGUGAGAACUAUAAACUUAGAAUGCAUGAAGAACUUUAUUUUUGUUUCAUUAUUGCGACUUCAACUCCUUUACUUUGAUUACAAUGUUAUCUUAAUAUUUUAAUUUCUGUUCAUUAAAUAAAUAUUGCAUGUCUAACACUAAUAAAGCACCACAAUGCACUACC